GCCAGGAGACACCUCCCUCCUGGGAUUUACCUCCCAGGCGGCUGUGUUUCCCGACCCCUCACUUCUGAGGGCCCGCGGCUGAGACCUGCUCAGAUCCUCUGCGUGAGGGUCUCAGCGAGCAGUGGCCGGGUGCCGGCCGCACCCAGGAACAUUGGCCACACCGUGCCGCUGCCGAUGCCCAGAGACUGCGGCUGGGUGCCAGCCUGCGCCCGAAAACGUUCACGCGAUGGUGCAGCAGCAGCGUUUCGAGCAUUAUGGACAAUCACCACACACUUCUGGUACCGGGCUUCCCCCUUAACGACCUUGUUCCAGCACCAGCGAACGUGGCUGUUCUCCGGGGUCUGCUGGGACCUCUGGGGUCGGCUGGGGUGGCCACACAGACUCUACCUCGUGUCCUCGCAUUAGGGGAACCCCUUUUCUCCGUGUGGUUCCAGACACCCCUUCUCCACACCCCCAGUCUUCACUCUGCUCUCGGGGAUCGCCCUUGCGACCAGAGCACCGCCAGCUUUGUCUGCUUAGUUACUGGACUGUCCCUUGGCGAGAAUACGCAGGAAGAGAGGAGCGACUGAGUUCUAGACCAUGCAACCACAGGAAUCUGUGACCUUCAAGGAUAUAGCUGUAGACUUCACCCAGGAAGAGUGGGCCCUGCUGGACGCAUCCCAGAGGAAGCUGUACAGAGAUGUGAUGCUGGAGAACAUCGGUCUUCUGGUGUCUGUGGGGUAUCAAGUUUGCAAAUCAGAUGUGAUUUCCCAGUUGCAGCAAGGAGUGGAGCUGUGGAGGGAAGGGAGAGGAUUUCUCCAAGGCGCGAUUCCAGACAUGAUUGCGGUCAGCCUAUCAUUGAAUCCCGCUGUUCUGAAAUCUAAGGGUUCUCACUGCCUGGGUGCUGCAGGAAGAAAUGUAACUUUUUCACCUCAGUCAUAAUUUGAUAAUUUGAUUUCUAAUGUUUUAAUUAAAAUAAUUUUUAAAAUGUGAAAAUCCCUAAAUUUUCACUAAAUGCAGUGCAGAUUGGUACAGAUCAACUACAGUUCUUUUCGUUUAAUCCAGAGUUUUCAGAACUCUUCCGUCUAUAUGUGGUCAUGAGUCAACAGUUGGUGACCUUUCUCUGGGCUGCAGUUUUCCCCAAAGAAGAGCUGCACAGUUUGGCUUUAGGAACUAAUAAACUGAGUUAGAGCUAC